UAUUGAAUGUUAUGUUGACUGAUAUAGAAACUAUCUGUUAUUAAUUUAUAUACCUGAAUAGUUUACUGUAUGUCGAAGCGGCAUACACUUGGGAUGUUUUGAGACAGAAUGACAGGUCUCAGCUUUCUACUGCUGAUAUUAAAACUAAUCUCAGCCGAUGCGUCUUUCAACUGUCUCCGUCCAAACCAGGAAUGCCUGAAUAACGGAACAUGCUUGGUGACUGGUUCCUGCUCGUGUCAGCCCACCCACGAGGGGUUUGACUGUGGGUUAGACAAAGCUGAGAAAGGAGCCGGCGGCUGUGGCAGCUCUAGCCCCUGCACUGUGGGCAAUAGUGACUGCUACGACGACGGUUCUGGAAUGAAAUGCUACUGUUACAGUGACUACUAUGGCUUGAAAUGCCAGGAAGAACGAAUACAGAUCCUGUGUACAGAGGAUCACAUGGUCAUCGGCUUCAACCCCUACAACAGCAACAACUACAGCGGCAUGACCUAUAUCGAGGGCAAGGCGGACAGCCCUGUGUGCCAGGACAAACUCAUCUCGGGCGUGAACGCAUCCAUCUACAUCCCCAACAACUGGGCGGGACGCUAUCUAGACGUCGAACACUCAAGCGUUGUGUGCGGGGCCAUCACUCCUGUUCGCAAUGACACCCGGAUGGAGUACACGAGGAAGCUGGUUGUCCAAUACAACAAAGACUUCCUGACCGCGCUGGACGAGAGGUUCUCCAUCACAUGCUUCCUCCCUAUUGCCAACAUCUCCAUCUCAAACUCCAUCUCCAAGGUGAACACAGGCAACAUAAACCUGAAGACAGUGGUCCGAGAGGACGCCAUUAAACCUGUUGUCCUUUACAUAUUCGCUGAUGGAGAGCUGGUUGAAGUCAACACGCCCAUUGAAGUGGGUUCGGAUCUGCUUCUCUACUUUAACAUAGCAGGAGAGUACAAGUCCAUGCGGAUCCUGUCAGGGGAGGCAAACAACAUGCAGACCAACGGCAGCAGGAGCCUCAGGCUGAUAGAGAACAGCUGUAUCCACGCCGAUGCCUUCUCUGUGAUCAAGAAAGCGCCGUAUCUGGACACGAAGAACGACAGCACUUUAAUCGCCUUCAAGCUCACGGCGUUCAAGUUUGUCGGCAGCAGCAGUGUCUCCUUCCGCUUCAGCAUCAAAGUGUGCGUGAGCAUCAACAAAGCCGACUGCGAACCUGUUGACUGUGCUCCUGGUAAAGCCAAUGGCUUCGGUCGGAAGAAGAGAAAUGCGCCGGAUGAAACUACAGUAGAAGGCGUCAUCAAGAUCCGUAACCCGACCUUGAUUACCGAGAGAGGUGACGACGGAUAUUGCACACUGCCAGAUGAGGUAAUCGCCACACUGAUUGCAAUGGCCGUGGUCAUCUUCAUUCUGAUGGUAAUGUCAACGGCCCUGCUGGCGAAGAGUGUGAUACGCCAUCGUCGAAGCCGCUCCAAACUCAGUGGUUGUUCCGGAUCAGUGUCAGGAAAACCUCCGCAGUCAACAAGCUCUGUACAUUAGAAGAAGUGUUCCCCAGUUCCGGGGUCCAUGGAUAUUGAUGUUGAAUACUUACUAGGACUCUGACGGGAAGAUAAAGUACUCGUAUACCCGUGUUUCAAAAGCCGGGCCAGACUCCCGAGUACCCGAUUUUAACGAUAAUAUGCCACAUAAGCGACAGUGUAUAUUUCUAUCUAUUACAUUUCUAUUCUUUCUAGAAUAGUCGAAAUAAAUAAAGAGUCCAAAAA